AUGCAACUAUUAGAAACAAAAGUGCUCAAUGCUAUUCAUCAAGCACGAUAUGAACAACUUGAAUUAUAUAUUCGUCAUAAAUAUAAUUUAAAUGUAUCAACAGAGGAUGGUCGUAAUGGUUUAUUUUUUGCACUUGACAUUUCUGAUGCUCGUCAACGUCGACGAAUGAUAAAAUUUUGUUUAGAUCAUGGUAUUAAUCCAUUACAAAAAGAACAUAUUAAUGGUUAUACACCAUUACAGGAAGCUAUUGCUCGACAACAAGUUGAUUCUGUUCAACUUUUACUUGCUAAUAUUAGUGGCGAAAUUGAUUGGCAUGCAUUUGAUGCUCGUGGUCGUACAAUUCUUCAUCAAGCAGUUGAAUCAAAUAAUAUAGCUAUACUUGAAUCUCUUAUAAAUUUAAUGAAUCAUUAUGGUGUUUUAGUUGAUAUACCAGAUAAAAAUGGUUUAACACCAUAUUUAUUAGCUACAAAACUUCAUUUACGUGACAUGGCACAAAUACUUGUAAACAAAGGACAUGCUAGUCAACGUCAAUGUGAUUUAACAACACAUCGUACUGCAAAUGAUUGGGAAAUUGUUGGUAUUGAAGCACAUUCUUCACUCGUACGUGAUAAACUUCAACAAGAAAUUAAUAAUGCUAUGAAUGAAGGUAAAAUAAAUAAAGUUAAACAAUUAAAACAUAUUUAUGAUACACAAUUAUUAUCACCUCCAAAUCAAUUAAUUCGUUCUAAUUCUUUCAUACCAAUCUUACCUAUGUCAAGUUCAAAUGAUAAAUCAAGAAUGUCUAUUAAUGAAAUGAUUGAUCGAUUCCCAGGAGGUGUUGUACCUGACACAUAUAUAACUAGUAUAAAAGAGCCACAAAAUUUUCGUUCGAAACAUGGUUUACAGACAUCACAAUCGUUUUCAACUGCACUUCCAUCUAUAUCUACUACUCGACGAUAUCGACCACCGUUAACAGUCAAUGCAUUACUAGACUUAUUUCAGGUAGCUGCCGAACAAUUUGCACCAUCAUAUCGUUCACCAAUGAGAAAUAAUCCCGAAAAAUCAUUUGAUCAAUAUGCACGUCGAAAUGAUUCAAAAAAUCCACAUCGUAGUACAUUAGCUACACUUAAAACUGAUACAAAUGCAUCAUCUACAGCAAACCGACGACUUUCAAAUAAUGCUAUUACAAAUAAACGAGUUGCGUAA